AACAAAAAAGAGGCACACAUUUGCUUGUGGUGUGUGUAGGUGUUGUGUGUGCAGGGGGCAGGGUGGGGAGCGAUGAGAUAGGAAGUGUCCUGAUCUUCGUACUUAGUGCACAGGGGAUUAAAUUACCCACUGGAGUAUAUGCCUGCACGGUUAUGCUUACUCCGUGCUCAUUCAAAGGGUUCCGGGGCUGUCUUCUCCCCUCCCUUCUUUCCUCUCCAUUCAUAUAACCCAGGCUGCCUGCAGCCAGCCUUUGACCACUGGACUUGCUGGCCUUGAGCACACUCAGUGCAGUAAGUCGCUGAGAAUGAGCAUUUUCUCCUCUGAGACCGGGUGGCUCUGCCUGGCUGUCACCGCAGUGCUAGGAGGGACGGUUCUUUGCAAAUGCAAAAGCUCAGGAUGGUUGGGGAGCUGCAUCUGCCUCGCUGGCCUCUGGGGAGGGGCUUGCCUGCUGAGCCUGUCUCUCUUCUGGGGCUUUAUCCUCUUCUCCGCGUUGUGUUUCCUCAUAUACACUCGCUUAUCUGGCCAAGAGUUGUUACCUGUGGAUCAAAAGGCAGUCCUGGUGACAGGUGGCGAUUCCGGAAUUGGCCAUGCUUUGUGCAAGUAUCUGGACCAGCUGGGCUUCACUGUAUUCGCCGGCGUCUUGCAUGAAAAGGGCUCCGGAGCAGAGGAGCUGCGCAGAACCUGCUCCCAGCGCCUCUCGGUGCUGCAGUUGGACAUCACCAAUCCGGCUCAGAUCAAAGAUGCUCACAGCAAAGUUGUGCAGAAGGUGCAGGACAGAGGACUAUGGGCUGUGAUCAACAAUGCUGGGGUCCUUCUCUUGCCAGCUGAUGGGGAGCUCAUUCCCAUGAACGACUACAGACAAUGCAUGGCCGUGAACUUCUUUGGAGCUGUGGAAGUCACGAAGGCCUUUUUGCCCCUUCUUAGGAAAUCCAAGGGGAGGCUGGUGAAUAUUGCCAGCAUGGCAGGAGGGGUCCCCAUGGAAAACCUGGCAGCCUAUGGCUCAUCGAAGGCAGCUCUGACCAUGUUUUCGUCGGUUAUGAGGCAAGAGCUUUCCAAGUGGGGAGUCAAAGUGGCCCUCGUCCAACCUGGAGGCUUCCGAACAAACAUCACAGGCGGGAGUGACACGUGGGACAAGCUGGAGAAGAACAUUCUGGACCACCUCCCUGCGGAGGUGCAAGAGGACUAUGGCCAGGACUACAUCUUGGCACAGCGGAAUAUCCUCAGCUUCAUGGACAAGUAUUCGAGCGCGGACGUUUCCCCGGUGCUCCGUGAUGUGCAGCACGCUGUCAUGGCUAAGAGCCCCUCCGCUCUUUACACGCCAGGGAGAUCGGUGUAUCUGUGGCUUUGCUUGGCCUCCUUUUGCCCCACGGCUGUAUUUGAUUAUAUUUGUGAAAACGGAUUCGGCCCUAAAAAGGCCAUGCCCAGAGCUCUAAGAAUGCCCUGGAAGAAUAAGGCCAUGUAGACUGUAGAAAGCCUCAGGGAGUGGGCAAUGGAAAUGAGAAGGAAAUGAGAAGGAAAUGGGAAGGAGAGGGAAACCGGGAGCUUCCCAUUAAAGUAAUUUCCUACUUCA